AUGCCAGCCGGCAUUCAGCGCCAACGGAUUCAGCACCGUCGACAAAACUCGACACCAACUGUUUUCGACGCGCCUACAGUACGCCCAUCGCCUGCUAAAAUACGACGAUCACACCGGACCGGCAUGAGCUUGGAUCUACGCGGCCUUAACCUAGACUCCAUCCAUGCCGCGCGACAAGCCCAAUACCAGGAAUACACCCAACGACCAGGACCCUUCGACAUCCCCUCCUUCCAGCAGGAAGACAGUACGCCCCAGCCGGGCCCCCAGGACACCUUCUUGGCAUCCCCAGUACAGAUCACUUCAUCAACACCGCGGACUCCCUCAAGGUUAACCCGUGUGCAAUCUCCCACGCAGCUUCCCUCUUCCCCCUCUAAACCCCCAACUGAACAGCAAUUGAAAGAACUCCACGAGCACAUUCAGUCUGUGUAUGGCUCAUGUGGACAAGUCUUCAUCAACAUUCUACCUACACCCACUUCGACCCCACAAAAGCCAGCGCAGUUGCCUAGCCAUGAAUCUUUCGGUCAAAACAGUCUCUCAGCUGCCUUUACUGGCAUGAACGACAUCAAUCUCGAGCCUACCUCAAAAGCCAUGACAUUCGACUUUGAGAACCCAGAGGUGGACCUUGGUUACGACUCAUCUUCGUACUACACCUCCGACGCCUUGUCGCCAUCACCCGCCUCUUCGCCACGACAAAAGCCUGCUCAAUCUAUCUUGGAGAACAUCGAAGAGAACCAAGAGAUGGUUUUUGCGCAAUCACACGGCUUGUUGCCUACUCCCCAAAGCGCAGUGCCCAUCAACAGCUUGCAAACACCCAUUGAACAGUUUGCGCCUUCUCAGAUGUUCAACGACCUGGAUGUGGACGCUAGCUACGAGUACACUGGUAUCGCGCCUGAGGAAGUCCAAAGAUACAUUAGCGAGCAAGACGCGACAACCGGCAAAUGGACUUGCCUGUACCAAGGCUGCGGCAAGGUCUUUGGACGAAGGGAAAACAUCCGAUCGCAUAUCCAAACGCAUCUUGGUGACCGCCAGUUCAAGUGCAACGGAUGCGGUAAGUGCUUCGUUCGACAACACGACCUGAAGCGCCACGCAAAGAUCCACUCUGGCAACAAGCCAUACAAGUGCCCGUGCGGUGCAGGGUUUGCACGACAAGACGCUCUUACGCGCCAUCGCCAGCGUGGCAUGUGUGUCGGUGGAUUCCCCGAUGCAGUUCGUCGACAGGCCAAGCGUGGCCGACCGAAGAAGAAUCGGCCGGAUAUGGAGCAACGCGUCGACAAGGCCAGCAGAACGCGACGUGCCCUUGUGUCAGCACCUUCAUCAUCAGCCGGUUCGCCAAACUCGGAUGCCCGGUCCCCUUCACCGCUAGUUGGCUUUGAGCCAGCUCAAUCACAAGAUCUCCCUCAGCUGCUUUCGGACUCACAGAGCUAUAAUGACUCCAUGCACUCUUCUGUAGAUCCUUUCAGCUUUGAGGCCUCAUCAAGUCCUUAUCCCGAAGAUGCUGGCCUCUCCCAGUCGAGCUUUAGCUCAACUUCCUAUGCCAAUGACUCUGCGUCUAUGAACAUUCUUCAGCAACUCUCUCAGCACUCUCAUACACCCCCAAUGUCGCCUGCUGAUAUGCGUCCAAACUCUGCUGGGUCGCCAAACGACUCACAUGCGCCCGUCGAGCCGAGUCCCUUGAAGGCAACGUCAUCUCCUUCGCGGUCGUCAGUCCAGUCAAGUCAGUUCACAACACCACCAACCUCACCGAUUGAGUCCAAGGACAAUCUGGAUGAGCUCUUUGACAGCAUGCCCGAUACUUCUUACUCGCAGUUUGACCUCGAGAUGAAGGCAAUGAGCGACUUUACUUCUCUGGACUCGUCGGCGUACGACCUUUUGGACUUUACUGUGUAG